AUGGCGGAGUCACUACCAGCUCAACGCCCAUUUCCAGCACCGGAGGCAACACGACGAGCUACCGCCCCCGAAGAGGUACAAGAACUAUUGCAUCAAGCAAAAUACACAACCUCUCCGGUUGAAAUCCCCAAGGAGACCCCGUUGAUGCAGCUUCCUGAUGGCGAGACUCAAGCGUUCCGUCAUCUCGCUCACAGUAUCGUCUCACGAACACUGGCUCACGAAAGCGAGUAUCAUCGCACGAAGCGUCCAGAGCUGAGUCAACGCGACUGGAAGCUAUUGAAGCGCCAGAAUGAGCUCAGUAUCUACAAGCGUAGGGCUUCAAAGACUCAGGAUCAGAGCCGCAGCGCCACAAAGUCCAAACGACCCAUGGUUCUCUGUGUUGGUUCUAUCGCUGGAGAGCUUGAAGACGUUCUCUACGGCGUGCACGCCAAGACUCGAGAAGAAAUGCAAGUGACGCUGCCCUACUUGAGUAAAGGCCACGUGGACUGCGCGAUGCUCGCUAAACUCGAAGGCAGCUCGCCGACAGACCCGUAUCGUCAGCUCUCGCUGAAAUGGAAUCUCACUGAUGCUCUCACAGAGGCGAAGAUCAUGAAACUCCGCGAUGUAUGCACACUAGAGUCCAUGGGAACGAGUACCGAUGCUCAGGGCGAACGGUACGCUUACUACCUACUCCAAAGCGUGGACUUUGCUGGAUGCCCGCCACCUCCCGAGGACUGCGACGUCAUCCGAGCGCACAUGAUGUUCUGCUGCAUCUACCGUCAAGUACCGGGGUCGCACAUUGUGGACGUGUAUGCGAAGGGAAUGUUCGACUUGGGCGGUGAUAUCCCCUCAUUCCUCGUGUACAAUUCUUCUUGUUCCUUGAUGUUAUCUGUCCUUGGAGCUAUGGACAGCGCUGAAGCCAAGCGACUCACUCUCCUGGCAAUGCAGAAAGCGGAGAACUCGGCGUCUUCAUCAAUCGACGACAUGUCCACGCUAGACUUGGAAGACUUUGAAUUGACGGGAGACUCGACCCCUUCUGGAUAUUCCAACUCGGCGUCCAGUCUCUCAUCGGAGGUGGUGAACGUUAUCGCUGCGAUGCCGCCGACUUUGUCUCGGUUGCUCUCCAAGGGCCACCGGAAGUCCCGUUCUCGACGACAAGCUUCGGCUGAGCCCUGCUGUGUGUGCUCCAAGAAACCAGCCAUGGCGUCGAUCGUAGGCGCUACCCACCGCACCUGUGGCGUGUGUCUCCGAGGUGUCUGCAUCAAGUGCCAUGUCAAGCGUCGGCUCUUUGCUCGACCUCAGCCCGUGACCGUAGCGUGCUGCAAGUCGUGUCUGCUGGAAGCCAAACAACUGAGUGUGGAUCCUCAAGAACCGUGCCCCAUGCUACCGUAGAGCAGCUUGUGAAGGAGUUAGUGUUUGUUGUGAGUCAAAGUUUCUGUAAACUGUCAAUGUA